GUGGGGAGUUGUUUUAUUAUAAGCCUGAAAACAGGAAGUAGGGGAGGGUCACAAUUAGUCUUAUAAGGCUGUCAGGCUCCACUCAGAAAGGUGGUUUGUGUAAUGUGGGUAAUGUGGGCUUCUGUGAGGGGUUCUGAUCAUUAUUAGAGAGGAUGGCAGCAGACAAAGGGAUUCGUUUGAGCGCGCUAAACCCCAAGUUCCUGCACACCAACUCCACAAGUCACACGUGGCCUUUCAGCGCAUUCGCUGAACUUAUAGAUAAUGCCUAUGAUCCUGAUGUUAAUGCCAAGCACAUAUGGAUUGACCAAACAGCCAUUAAAAACAAUAUAUGUCUGACAUUUGCAGAUGAUGGAAAUGGCAUGACUCUUGAUAAGUUGUAUAAGAUGCUCAGCUUUGGUUUCAGUGAUAAACAUGAAGUAAAGGGCCAUCAUCCAAUCGGACUUUAUGGAAAUGGUUUUAAGUCAGGAUCCAUGUGGCUGGGAAAAGACGCCAUUGUCUUCACCAAAAAUAAAUCUGGCAUGCAUGUGGGCAUGUUAUCCCAAUCUUACUUGGAGAAGAUCAAUGCGCAGCACGUCCUGGUCCCGAUUAUAUCGUUCAAUGAACAAAGGCAGCUUGUACAGACGCCUGACUCUGAGGCAAAUCUACAGGCAAUAACCACUUACUCUCUGCUGAACAGUGAGCCAGAGCUCUUAGCUGAACUGGAUGCCAUUACUGGCCCAAAGGGAACGAGGAUCAUUAUCUGGAACCUGAGAAGGGACACAAGUGGAGAGACAGAAUUUGACUUUGAGACUGAUGAAUAUGAUAUUCGGAUUCCUGCAGAGACUGAUGGGAUGAAUGAAAACUAUAGGAUGCAGGAAAGAGUGAACCAGACGGCCCCUGACUGUGACUUUUCUUUGAGAGCUUACUGUAAAAUUUUGUAUCUGAAACCAAGGAUGCAGAUUAUUUUGAGAGGACAAAAGGUUCAGACACAGUUGGUCGCUAAAAACCUGGCUUAUACAGAAAAAGAUGUCUACAAGCCCAAAUGUUUGCCAUCCUUGAUCAUAAAAAUCACAUUUGGAUACAACUGCCGGAACAAGGAGCAUUACGGAAUAAUGAUGUACCAUAAAAACAGGCUCAUUAAGGCUUAUAAAAGAGUUGGCUGCCAAUUACAGGCUAAUAAUAUGGGAGUUGGAGUUGUUGGUGUCGUCGAGUGCAACUUUCUAAAGCCCAUACACAAUAAGCAGGAUUUUGAUGAUACAAAAGUCUACAGGCUUACCCUGGCUGCAUUAGGUACUAAACUGAAUGAUUACUGGAUUGAAAUGAAAGCAAAAAAGAGAUCUGACCCCCUAAGUCGUCCUGUAGAAGAUAUACAGAAAACACCUGACCAAAAAUGGGUUCAGUGUGAUGAUUGUCUGAAAUGGAGGAAACUGCCGGAUGGAGUGGCAGUUUCAAAAAAAGACACCUGGUCCUGCAAGUUCAACACAGACCCGCGGUUCAGAGAUUGUUCUGUGCCUGAGGAGCCUGAAGAUGAUGAUAUUACCCAGUGCACAUAUGAGAAGACCCAGAAGGGAAGAAACUGUUCUGUGACUGAGGAGCCUGGAGCUCCUGAUGAUGAUGAUAUUCCCCACUCUUCUAAUGGGAAGACCAGUAAGAGAAGGAAUUCUAAACAGCUUCAGCAGGUGACGCCAAACAAACGUAGACCGCCUUCUGAAAGAUAUUUUUGUCUGAAUGAUUUUCAGCUAUUCCAGGAGACUGGUAUGAGUAAAAGCAGUUCCGAACAGCUUCAGCAGGUGACACCAGCUGUACCAAAUACACCACCGAAUUGGGAAAUGCAGCCAUCUCUGAGUUCAAAUGAAAGGCCUUUUGUGCCAAAUCAAUGUCAGGAGACUGAUAUCAACCAAAGUUAUAUACCUCCGUUAUCAAAUGAGAACACACCUACGAAGCAAAAGCCCAUUGGAUCAGAAACAUCUGCUCUUCUUCAAGGGAGCGGUGAUGAUGAUGAUGAUGUUAUCAUAAUAGAAGAUAAAGGUACCAGUUCAAGUUCGGUUGCCCCUGAAAAUAAGAAUUAUGAGUUACAUGUUAAAAGAGAAGAAAAUGGGGGCUAUGAUUGUAAUGGAAUAGCCCAACGUGAAAUGGGAACCCCACAAGAAGCCCAUGACCAGGAAAGUUCCAAGCACACCACUGACCAAGAAAAAGAAAGUCUGAAAAAGUACUGCGGAGAGCUGUUUGUCAAGGUAAAAGGUUUAGAAGAGAAGGUCUCAGAUCUGGAGAACAAAUAUGAACAGGCCUGUAAAGAAAUCAACAGGCUGAAAGAGUGCAAGGUGCUGCAGAAUCUGAAGGAAGAGCCAGGCACAGAGACCCAGAAACCAGCAGAGAAGAACAGCAACGUGGAUGAUAUGUCUCUGCAGCUGAAUGGAUCUUCCACUGAACAUGAUUAGUAUAUUAGCCAUGGGUGUCCAAAAAUAUUGUAUGUUAAGAUCUGACCAUCUGCAUAUGCUAUGUUUGAAAGGAAAAGUUCAGUGUAAAAAUAAAAACUGGGUAAAUAGA